AUGUGGAUCUUACAAUAUCUAGUGCUUCAGAUAAAAAAAAAAAAAACAAUAUCUAGUGCUAGUAUUGGUAUCCAGUACUUGUGUUGUAGCCACAGUGGCUCAUGGAACAAACGAGGAUGGUUCUGGUGUUAGGAAGCCUUACAUUGUGUACAUGGGAGAACUGCCGGAACCCGGAUCCUCCACCAUGGUCAUGACCACAGCCGGCCAUGAUAACUUGCUCAAGACAGCAAUUGGAGAUGCCGACUUAGCCAGAGUAUCCAAAAUUUAUACUUAUGGAAGGAGCUUCAAUGGCUCCGUAGCCAGAUUGUUGCCGCAUGAAGCAAAGAAACUAUCAGAUGAUGAUCGGGUUGUUUCAGUGUUUCCAAACGCCAAGCUCAAAUUACAUACAACAAGGUCAUGGGAUUUCCUAGGAUUGCCAGGAAAUACGAAGAAACGAAACUUCAGUGUUAAAAUGAACAGCAAAAUUGCUAAGUUAAGCAGUGUUAGGAUGAUGAAGCAUUUAGAAAACUUGUAUGACCUUCGUCCUUUCUCCAAAUUUGCUCGCAUUUCUUAUUUUGAUACUUAUCUGAUAUUCCCUCCAAUUUUCACUGUCCUAGUAUGUUUUUGCCCUUUUUUUUGGCAAGGUUUCAGUUUAUUUAUGCUCCUGAUAUCCAGGGCUUUCUCAAUUGUAUUCAUUCUUUUGCAUUUUAUUGUUUCUGCUUUUCGGGAGAUGGUUACUCUACAAGACUAUGUGAUGUAUGUUGGAGGGCCUGUUUGGGCAUUGGAUUGGUGUCGGAUUAAUAUCAAAAAUCAAUCUUACAAGGUGAUUGAGACCAAUGAAUCUCAUAAUAGGUCUGAUACAAGCAACCAAUCUUAG